CCACUUUCAAUUUUGUUGGGCCUCUCGAGCUGCCUUAAAUGCGGCCCAGCCCAAGACUGUUUUCCCACCAUAUCCAAUCCGACCUCCGAUCGAAACCAGACGUAAUCACCUCCAUCCUUUCGAGUGGCCGUAGUUCCUCCGGCCUCUACCAUCGGCGUCGCCGACUUCUUCAUCUCCGGCCUCUCCAUCCCUUCCCGUCCACUCCCACUUGACAGAAACGAAGAAGAAGGAGAAGGGAAGCGUAAGAAGAUUUCUCUUCUUUUCAAAUUUUAGAGCAGAAAUAGUAAACUCAGCCAUUCGUGUAUAUAAACUGGACUUCGGCGAAACUAACUUCCGGGCUCCGGCCGGCCUUUAUCUUAUGCGGAGGACGGUGACAGCUGUUGUUCCUGCCCUACUUGGCUACUUCAUCUUGUCAGGCUUGAACUGCUGCAGACAUCUAUGUUUGGUUCCAAUUGCAAGUCUCAAGUUGUUCAAUUCUGCCACCGGGGUAUGGUGGAGGGUGAUUGACUUUGUAAACAUGGCUUCCACAUUGUUCAGGAACGUAAUCCAAGCUCAGCCUUUGUUUCUGAAUUCAUCUGCUUUGCUUAGAAGGAAGAAUGGGGUUUUGUAUUGCACAAUGAAGAGCACCUCACAUUCACAUACUCAGACAGCCACAGAAGAAAAGCAGCAGCAGAAGAGUCCACAAAAAAUCAAAGUUCCUCCUCAGAAGCAGAUGAAGGAAGUUAGUAAAAUUGGAGCAGAUUAUGAGGCAGUCAUUGGCAUAGAAACCCAUGUCCAGCUUUCUACAUUAACCAAGGCUUUCUGUAGUUGCCCUUACAGUUAUGGUGCCCAACCAAACACCUGUAUCUGCCCAGUUUGCAUGGGUCUUCCGGGUGCUUUGCCAGUUCUGAAUUCCAAAGUCAUCGAGUGUGCUGUGAAACUAGCCCUUGCACUGAAUUGCAGGCUCUCUUUCAGUUCCAAAUUUGACAGGAAGCAGUACUUCUACCCAGACCUUCCAAAGGGCUACCAAAUAUCUCAGUUUGAUAUCCCAAUUGCAACUGGUGGAUCUAUUGACCUGGAUCUUCCACUUGAAUUUGGUGGUGGUCAUAGGAGGUUUGGUAUCACAAGAAUUCACAUGGAAGAGGAUGCUGGCAAGCUAAUGCAUUCAGGAAAUGGGAGUUACUCGCAGGUUGAUUUGAAUAGAGCUGGAGUCCCAUUGUUAGAGAUCGUCUCAGAACCAGAUAUGAGAACUGGCAUUGAAGCUUCUGAGUAUGCUGCAGAACUUCAAAGGGUUGUUCGGUAUUUGGGAGUCAGUAAUGGUAAUAUGCAAGAAGGUUCGUUGCGCUGUGACGUGAAUGUCUCUGUUCGACCGAUUGGACAGGCAGAAUUUGGGACAAAGGUUGAGAUAAAAAACUUGAACUCCUUUUCAGCAAUUAACAGAGCUAUUGACUUUGAGAUAUCAAGGCAGGUCAAUCUACAUAGUCAAGGGCAACAAGACUCAAUUGUACAGGAAACUCGGCUAUGGGAAGAAGAGGGAAAGUGGAUGGUUUUCUUUGAAAAUACAACUGCAACUGAUCCAAUACCAUUUCUUGUUCAGAAAACAGUUACUAUGAGGAAAAAGGAAGGGCUAGCUGAUUACCGAUAUUUCCCCGAACCAGAUCUUCCUGAAGUCGUUCUUACAAAAGCUUAUAUGGAUAGUGUUGGUAAAUCCUUGCCUGAGCUUCCAGAAGCAAAACGUAGGAGGUACGAGGAGAUGGGAUUGAGCAUGCAAGAUGUUCUUUUCCUUGCAAAUGACAUAGCAGUGGCAGACUUUUUCGAUGCGACAAUUCAGAAGGGUGCCGAUGUGAAGCUAGCUGCAAACUGGAUCAUGGGUGAUAUUGCUGCCUACCUGAAGAAUGAGAAGUUGUCGAUAAUUGAUAUCAAACUUGUGCCCCAUGAGCUGGCUGAGCUGAUAGCUUCUAUUAAAAGCGGGACUAUUAGCGGGAAGAUCGGAAAGGAGAUACUGUUCGAACUCUUGGCCAAAGGUGGAACUGUGAAGGGACUGAUUGAAGAAAAGGACCUUGUCCAGGCAAGUUAUUGUUUUUCACGAAGUUUCUUGCAUAGAAUAACAGAUCUUGGUGAUAUUGAGAAGAUGGUCGAUAAGGUGAUUGCUGAGAACCCGAAGCAGUUGGAACAGUACAGAUCCGGGAAGACAAAGCUACAAGGUUAUUUUGCCGGCCAGGUAAUGAAAGCAUCAAAAGGCAAGGCCAACCCGGGGAUCUUGAACAAGGUGCUCGUUGAGAAACUCAAUGCCAAAGUCUGAAGGCAACACACUGGCAGAUGCUUGCAAGAAGGAAAGCCAUGUCCGACGAUAUAAUACGCUGCACUUCCAACACACUGCAAACAGGAUGGAAUUAGAUCCUCAAUCUGUCAAUCAUUGACAAGGUUAUGUUCACAUGCAGAGGGUUUGAUGAUGUAUAGGUUAUUUGUUAUCUGUUGUUAAAUUGUUUAUACUAAUCUUGAUUCUUCAUGAAUGAAUAAGUUUAUUUCCGCCAAAAUAAAAAACAUGAGUUCAGCUGCUGAAAGGAACAGACUUUUAACCCCC